UUUAAGCUGCGCAGCAAAAUUUUGUGAAGAAAUCAAUGAAAUCAAAUUGGUGCAAACUUAAUGUGCAGCAAAAAGCAAUGCAGCAUAAUCAAAAUACAAGAAAGUGGUAAACAUUAAAAAAAAAUUAAAAGUGUGUUUAAUAAGUAAAGCCCAAAAUAAGCUUUCAAUUGGCAAAUUGUAAAACUUGAGGAAUCAAUAAGAAUUAUAUUCAAGCUUAGCCUGAGGCUGUAAACAAGAAACAACCCCCUCCACAUAACCAGGCAGCAAAAAUGUCUUAUCGUUUGAAGGCUACGAAGUGUCCCACGGACGAAUUGUCCCUGACUAAUCGAGCGAUUGUUAACGUGGCCGAUUUUCCAGAUGAUGUGAAGUAUGCAGAUAUUUCACCCGCAGCGGGUCAACAUUUUAUAUUCGCACUGGAGAAGACAAUGGAAGUGCCCAGAGGCUAUGUAGGCUUCUCUCUUGUCCAGCGCAAGUGGGCGAUGCUCUCCAUCAAUCAGGAGCUGGAUGUGCGCCCCUAUCGCUUUGAUGCAAACUCCGAUGUCAUAACAUCGGUAUCCUUUGAAACCGAUUUUCUCCAAAAGAAGACCGUUUCGCAGGAGCCUUAUGACUCAGAUGAGAUGGCCAAGGAGUUCAUCAUGCAAUUCGCUGGCAUGGCCUUAACUGUUGGCCAAUCGUUGGUCUUCAAUUUCAAGGAUAAAAAGCUACUCGGCCUGGCCGUCAAGGUGCUGGAGGCCAUCGAUCCGAAGAGCCUGGGCGAGGGCAAGGAGCCAGCAAUGCGUAAUGUCCGUUUCGGUCGCAUCUUGGGCAACACGGUGGUGCAGUUCGAGAAGGCAGAGAAUAGCUCCCUCAAUCUGCAGGGCAAAUCGAAGGGCAAGGUGGUGCGCCAAUCCAUUAUCAAUCCCGAUUGGGACUUUGGCAAAAUGGGCAUCGGUGGCUUGGACAAUGAGUUCAAUGCUAUCUUUCGUCGUGCGUUUGCCUCGCGUGUCUUUCCACCCGAACUGGUGGAGCAGCUGGGCUGCAAGCAUGUAAAGGGCAUCUUGCUCUAUGGGCCGCCUGGUACGGGCAAAACCCUGAUGGCUCGUCAAAUUGGAACCAUGUUGAACGCCCGUGAGCCGAAGAUUGUGAAUGGACCACAGAUAUUGGAUAAAUAUGUGGGUGAAUCGGAAGCGAAUGUGCGACGGCUGUUCGCCGAGGCCGAAGAGGAAGAGAAGCGCCUGGGUCCGAACAGUGGACUGCAUAUCAUCAUCUUCGAUGAGAUCGAUGCCAUUUGCAAGCAGCGUGGCUCCGUGGCUGGCAAUAGCGGUGUCCACGACACCGUCGUCAAUCAGCUGCUGACCAAGAUCGAUGGUGUAGAUCAGUUGAAUAAUAUCUUGGUGAUUGGCAUGACCAAUCGACGGGACAUGAUCGAUGAGGCGCUGCUGCGUCCUGGUCGCUUGGAAGUCCAAAUGGAGAUCAGUUUGCCCAACGAGGAGGGACGCGUCCAGAUCUUGAACAUACAUACGAAACGCAUGCGAGACUUCAACAAGAUCAGUGACGAUGUCGACUGCAGGGAGAUCGCAGCGCUCACCAAGAACUUUAGCGGUGCUGAGCUCGAGGGUCUUGUGCGGGCAGCACAAUCGAGCGCAAUGAAUCGGUUGAUCAAGGCCGAUGCCAAGGUCACCGUCGAUCCGGAGGCUAUGGAGAAAUUGAAAGUGAAUCGCGCUGAUUUCCUACACUCACUGGAGCAUGAUAUUAAGCCAGCCUUCGGCACCGCCCAAGAGAUACUCGAUAAUAUGCUGGCACGCGGCGUCGUCAACUGGGGUCAGCCCGUUAGCAAUCUUCUAGAGGAUGGUAUGCUCUAUGUACAGCAGGCCAAAGCGCCCGAAUCCAGUGGUCUUGUCUCGGUUCUUAUUGCUGGUGCUCCAAACUCUGGAAAGACGGCCUUAGCUGCCCAACUAGCGAAAAUGUCCGAUUUUCCGUUUGUCAAGGUCUGCUCGCCAGAGGAUAUGGUCGGCUAUACGGAGUCGGCCAAAUGCUUGCACAUUCGCAAGAUAUUCGAUGAUGCCUAUCGCUCCACACUCAGCUGCAUUGUCGUCGAUAAUGUGGAACGUCUGCUCGACUAUGGACCCAUUGGACCCAGGUAUUCGAAUCUAACGCUUCAGGCUUUGCUUGUGCUGCUCAAGAAGCAGCCGCCCAAGGGACGCAAACUUCUCAUUCUCUGCACCUCCAGCAGACGUGAAGUCUUGGAGGAAAUGGAAAUGCUUUCAGCCUUCACAGCGGUGCUGCAUGUCCCCAAUCUAUCCAGUCCGGAGCAUGUCAUCUCCGUUCUCGAGGACACGGACAUCUUUAGCAAGGGCGAACUGCAAGCCAUUGGCAAGAAGAUGGCUGGCAAACGCGUCUUCAUUGGCAUCAAGAAGCUACUGGGCCUUAUCGAUAUGGCUAGACAGACGGAACCCUCUCAGCGUGCCAUCAAGUUUUUGACAAAAAUGGAGGAGGAAGGUGGCUUGGAUAUGGUAGCACGCAAAUAAGUUAAGCAAGCGAGAUCGGAGCUCGUCUAAUUGCAAUCUCAAUUAUUAGCUUUUAAGAAAAUGAGUUUUCGCCGAUAUACUAA